GUCAUCAUAUGACCCUCAUGUGUUUGUAUGACGCGGUGACAUUUAUAUUCCACAAUGUUGGAGAAAACUUCCGGGCCAGAUAAUCAAUUAUCCAAAGAAGAUUAUUUAAUAAUGAGAGCAAAAGAGGCUCUGCCGGUCGACAUAUAUGCGGCUAAAUCGUGGUUAAUCACUGCGAAAUCGUUAUUUCCACAUAGUGCAAAGGUUCAGUUUGAGGCUUAUCACAUUGAGAAACUAUCAAAAAAUGUAAAAGAGGCUGCUAAAUGCUUCAGCGAAAUAUUUCAGAAUUUCCCGGAUGAUCGCGAUAUAUGGAAAGAGAUAGAAACUAUCACAGCUUGUCUUCGUUCAGAACAAUGUGAUCCUGAAGCAGAAUUUUUGUGCCAAAUGUUUCAACAUAUCCCGCAGGAGUUACAACACAGAUUACUUGUAAUGACGGCUGAUCACAGUGAAGAUACAAUGGAGCAUUGCAAAUUGUUGCUCUUGUUAUUACGUAGGUUUCCUCAAACAAUUGCAACUCAUGGAACACGGUUGGUGGAAACAUUAUUAACAGCAGAGAAACAUAGUCACCCAGGCCGGGCAGUGAAUGGUUUCAGAAGAUUAUUAGCUUGCGAUGCAUUGCCAUUGCUCGGUACAGCUCCAGUAGAACUGAAUACUCGUCUCAGUUUACGAUUGCUGUGUAAAGCUAUAGAAUUUUACUUAGCGUAUAUACAACAGCCGCAAGAUGCACAAAUACAAAAUCCAUGGGACAGGCUUUUCCAAAUUGUAGAGUUAAUGGGCAAGAAAUUAGGAUGGGAGUUAAGCAGCCUGUUUUCCAUGCCUUGGAACCGCGAGGUAUACAGUGAAAAAUUGCAACAAUAUGCUAUUGCACAUGCUGCAGUUCCCUCUGAUGAACAAGUAGUCAAGCAACUACUGAUGUGUACAAUUGUAGUAUUAUUGAGGCUACUGAAUGAGCACACCAUUCUUAUGAGCAACGAUGAAACAAUAUAUUGUCUUGUAGAAGCUUUCGGGGAAGGAAUACAUAUUCCUGCAGAACCCAAAUUGAAGAAACGAAAACGUGAAGAUAAUGGAGUAAUAAUAACCAGUGACAACGACUAUAGUGGCAAUGGUUUAGCAUUGGCAGUAAAAUUAUGGGACAUGUUGCAUAGUACAGACCAUUUGCAGAGAGAAAUAAGUAAACUGAGUCAACAAUUACGGCUGGACGCCUGGUUAAACCUCUUUCUAACAGAUUUGGCUAUGUACAAAGGUUUACAUCAUGAAGUAUUAGCCAGAUUAUCACAGGAAAAUUGCAGUUUAUCUGUUAAUCUUCGUUUGGCCGGCACAAGUUUCUUUUUGAAAGAUUACAAGGUCAUGUUGGAGCAUAUUAUUUUAGUAGCAAGUUCUUUACCGGUUGCACCAGGCAAGGUGUCUUACAAUUUAACGGUUCCAAGUAUGAGGCAUUUACAUUAUUUGACUCUCGCUCGUUAUCCUAUUUUGCAAUACUGUUGCAGAUUGCUUCUUUUAGCGAUAAAGGAUAAUAUUUCCUUACCUGGAGGCGUUGGGGACCUGGCUAUUGGACAUUCAUUGGUUCUAAUGCAAAUGGAUUGGCCACUGGAAGCCAGUACCUUGAGUAUAAUCACAGAGAGAAUUAUCAGUCGGGGAAGUUUAACUUACCCGUUGUUCCAAGGAUAUAUUAUAUGCGUAGAUAUUUUAGAAGAAUUAAUAUAUCUGUGGACCGAACAUGGACAUGGAAUAUCGUUGGAUAUAGCUACAAAUUCGGGAGUAUUACAAAAUCGGCGCAUCAGUACUCGUGGUGCUGACAAAGGAGUACGUGAAGAAAUCAAGCAAAUCAUGCGUCGGCAAGCCGCACGGGACGGUAUCGAUUCUUUGGAUGAAUUAUUACAGAAAUUUAUUGUCAACGAGAAAAACGCCAUCCUGCAUACCUUAAUUAUCCAAUGAUUACACUUGGCUUCGCAUCAAUCAUUAUCGUAGAUCGCAUACGAUAGGAAUUUAUCAUUUGAAACCAUACAUACAUGUCAGAUUUGUGAUUCUAAUUUGUUUUACAAGUUGCACUUAAUAGCAAUAACUAAUAUUUUGUAAUUUAGAAAAUAUUUUUCAAAACAUUGUACAGAUUUAUACAAUUAAAGAAUGUGUCAUUGUUUAUUGUAAAAUCCCAUUUUACAUCUUAAAUGAAAACAGAAGACCGCGUUGUCCGUCCGCAUAAUUUACAUUGAAAUAUUUAUAUUAGUUUAUAUUAAUAACAAAUAUAAAAUAAAAAUUUUAAUUUUGAGAUUUGAA